UCGGCAGCUCGGAUGUGAUGCACUGCUCUUCUGACUUCGGAAGUUACAGCGUUGUUACAGUGUAGCUCGUAUCAAAUCACACUGACAUUAUAGAGGUAUUAAACUUGUCAGAGGUCUUUCCUUCUCACCAAAUGGCUUAUCCAGGAUACGGCGGAUAUGGGGGCCAAAUGCCAGGCAUGCCACCACAAGGAAUGCCAGGAGGGCCCAUGAGAGGUCCCAUGCCUGGGAACAUGGGGGGUCCGAUGGGAGGUGGGCCACCUCAAGGAGGAUAUGGACAGUAUGGAAGCUAUCCAGGAACAUUUGGUGCCCAACCCCCACCUGCAAAUGACCCAAUGUGGGGAUACUUUACAGCCAUAGCAGGCCAGGACGGCGAGAUUGAUGCAGAGGAACUCCAGAGGUGUCUGACUCAAGCUGGUUUUACUGGCAGCUACAGUCCCUUCAGCCUGGACACAUGCAGGAUCAUGAUUGCAAUGCUAGAUAGAGACAUGACAGGCAAGUUGGGUUUCAAUGAGUUUAAGGAGCUGUUUUCAGCUCUCAACGGCUGGAAGCAGAACUUCAUGAUGUUUGACCAGGAUCGAAGUGGAACUGUAGAACCUCACGAGAUGACUCAGGCUAUCAACGCCAUGGGCUACCGCAUCAGUCCACAGGCCCUGAAUGCUAUUCUCAAGCGAUACAACAAAGGGGGCAGGAUCUUCUUCGAUGACUAUGUGGCCUGCUGUGUGAAACUCCGAGCUCUCACAGACAACUUCAGGCGGAGAGAUGUCAUGCAGCAGGGAUCUGUCACCUUCCAAUAUGAUGAUUUUAUCCUGUGCACAAUGGCCAUCUAAGUGCUGUCGUCUGUCCCAAACCACGAGGGCAAGCUGUUUGUGUGCCAAUCAGAACCUAAUUCUGGAUUAUUGUCUCACGGGAAUGCAAGGGAAGGCCAGUAUACUAAGACUGUGCAGCAACAGGAAAUUCACCCACUGCUUGUAAUGCUUACUAUAAUGCAUUAAUUGUGUAUUUUACACAGGGAUGUGCUGAAGAUGUACACACAUAUUAUAAAUCAGCAUUGAAGGGCAAUAUUUUAAAGCCUGUAAUAGAAAUGUUUGUCUUUCAAAAUAAGGGCACAAAUAUUAUAAUCUUAAAGUUUAUUAAAAAAAAUGUAAUCUCAUAAAAUCUGCAUGUAGAGGCUUUAAAGGGUUUCAUCAUAAACACUUUUUUGGAUUUGGACUUCAAAAAUACAUUUUUUAUUUAGGAUAAUUUUCAAGAGAUUUUAUUCAAUAACCAAACACCUGUUUUAACAGAAAUUGUAAGAUAUGCUAACAACGUAUCGCUGUUAAAAAGAUGCUCUGAUGUGCCAUUAGACUUUCUGAAUGUACGCCCCAAACACCUUUUGCAGGACUUACAGGAAGUGCAUCACGAGUCACGAUUGAUUGUUGUUACAAAGAACAUGUUCAUUUGCUUUUUAUAUUAAAUGUUUGACAGUAAUGGAUUUUGUCAGCUGCUGUUUUCUCAUUUGCCCAAUCUGAUGUAUACCUCUGUUUUUUACAAAACCAGAUGCAUAUAAAUUUAAUUUACCAAGCAAACAUGACUUUGAGCUGAUUUGUGUACCUGUCAGUGAUGACUGUGUGUUGGAAAAGUAGAGUGAGAUCUGCAGUCUGUUCAAAAAUGUUCAUGUGUUUGAGAUUUUCCAGCUGGGAAUGUUUCAGCUUUUCCCCUUCAUCCAUUGACAGCAUUUUUGGAAAAUCAGAAUAACAACUUUUAAUCAGUAAGCAUUCUGUUUAUUUAUUUAUACAACUGCGAAUCCCCGCCCCCCAAGUCUAUUUACACAAUAUACUUUAUUUCUUUAAAUAUAGUUAACAGAAACAUUCAAAUUAGCUGUUAAGUGUUGCAUUGUAUAAAAUACAGUGGCAAACAUUUAAAAAAAUGCAUAAAAACAAUUGUGAACAGCACUAGAUUUAAAAAGUGACAUAUCGAGUACAGCAAGUUUUCUAAUCUCUGUGCAAAAGUCUGCAAAUCCCAAGAAAGUUCAUUAGAUGCCUCUUCAGGUGUUGGACAUGUCAAGUUUUGUUCUACAUAUGUGCUUGAGAAAGAAAGCUUAUCCAAAAAAAGCAGGAAACAUUUGUAUCGUCCUGUAAAGAUCUUUAAUCUCACCCAUGUUAAUUGUGUAUUCUCUCACCGCUUGGUUCUUCUGGAAGGAUAAAUCUAAUUUCAUCAUUUCUCUCAUAUCUCACCAAGCUUUUGAUCACGUCUACAUGUAUUAUUGAGUGGUUUGGAGUCAAAGGAUCAAAUGCAAGCCAGGCUCUCUUCAGAGAACAGCGAAGUUCUGGGUUUGAACUUGCUUGUUUCAACAUACCGAAUGAUCAGAGGGAAAGGUCCAAGUAAAAACUGGGGGGAAAAAAAAUCAGCAAAUCAAUGUGCAAAAAAUAAAGACAAACUCUGUGCAACACAUCGCCUUCAGUGUUGCCCAUCUCUGCUUGCUACAUUGAGAGGCUACGCAUGACAUUAAUCAUCAUCAUUAUCGUCCCAGCAGUAGUCCACAGCAUUCCAACUGAGAGCAGGGCUUUUGGAAACAAACAAGGUACAUAGAAAAAUAAUGGCAAAUUAAUACUUUGUUUUAGAAAAAUAGAUGUAACUGUUAUUUCCAAGUCUCUGCGGAUGAGUCGUGUGCUGUAAUUACAGAUCAAUACGUGUCACGCAGACCUUUUUAUAAUUGUUUCAAGUGCAGUCUCCAUGCAAUACAUGAGCUUGUGCUGGACUUUAUGUAGUUAGAAAACUAAAAGGACUAAUUCUCAUCAUGCAGUCUAAUCUAAAAUGGUUUGGUACAUUUACAUUUGUGGAUAAGCAGAUUUUUGGUGUGUCGGACUGAUGUUUGUAAAGGCUAGAGCAGGCGAAUAAAGCUAAGGCCGUUUGGAGGCUGAGCUCUGUCCUCAGCAUAAAAUACAUGAAAUAAACCUUGUUUAAGAUGAUUUUUAAUCAUCGUGCUUUGUUAACGUUCACACAGGCAAUGUUAUUUUAGGAGUAUAAUGGAAGACGUAAAGCAUGCAACUGAAUGAAACUAACCUCCAGCAGUUCCUUUUAGCUUUCAAGAGAAUCUGGGACGCUGGUUCCUGUCAAGCAGUCUCAUUCUCAAACACUUGAAGGACUUUUAUGUCAAGGAAAUCAGUUUAGGAGUUUUAAUUAUUUCUAAAACAUUCUUUUUCUGUGACAAAAUGACAAAUGGAGCUCUUCGUUUGAAAGAAUAAUACCAAGUUAAGAUGAAUUUGAAUAGGUGUAAACGCAAACUCCACUUUAUCUGAUGUAUCCAGAUACAGAUAAUUCAUAAGAAAUCCUGUAUGUGUGCACAAAAACUGAAAUGUGUACACAUAUUCUCACAUAUUCUUUUCUUCUUGUAUGAACCGGGCAUGUGUAUUAGGAAAAUUACCUUCUUUAACCAUGAAUGGAUUUAGCCAAUCCUGUUACUGAUCUUUUGUAUACAAAAACUCUGGAACUUGUGUGAAACACACACUUGUGGGAACUGUGUUCUGUUGGUCUCAGUUCUACAAUCAGAAACAGAUCAGCAGAAGCUAGAGCUCUGUAUGUGUAAAGCAAAGGGCAGCAGGUGCAGGGGUAAAAAAAAAUAAUAUGAAUACCAAGGCAUCAAUAAGGUCCUCCAAUAAGCCCCAUCCUUAUGUAUAACCACUACACACUAUUAUUGUUAUUUAUAGCUCCCACAAAUCAAAAGCAUUUACCAGAUUUAGUGUGGCUCAGUCACACUAGAGUGUAAAUAGGGCAACAACCUUGGUUGCCCUGUGAUUGCACUGAAUCGUGAAGCACCUUCAAGCUUCAAAUAGGGCAGCGACCCAUCUCCAAACAGGAAACGUGGACCGAUCCUCUCACACAAAUUGGCAAAGGUUUGCAUAUAAUUGCUAUCUAAGUUAGGAAUAAAGUCUGACUACAAACAUGUUACAAUGAGGCAACGUGUCAAUAUGAGCAACUCUCCUGUGAUGAGUCUUUGCAACAGCCCACUCGACUCAACUGGUUGCUGCUAGUUGUAUACUGAUUAUAUUCCUGUAUCAGAGCCUGUCAUUUUGCAGUUAUUCUGCUAUAUUGCAAAAACAAUUUGUGGAGGAAUUUCUGUUUUAAAUACAUAAGAUUCUGGCUGGACUCUGAAUCUACAUAGCUAAUGUGAAUUUCUAUUUACUUUCUGUGCAUGUAGAUGCUAACAGAUUAGCAGUUUUGACUAAUUCCUCACAGAUAACUGCAGUAGUGUUCACAGACCUGGUCCCUAUCUUCAAAACAACUAUUUAAGAGGCAAUAAGAUCCCAAGGUUGCAGUAAUUUUGGUCACGCCACAAUCUCCACCCACUGUUUGAUAAUGAUUAAAUAAUAAGAAAUUUAAGCUCCGAGACAUUUUCUUUUGUUUUAUUUCCUUCACAUUAUUACUGAUCUCCACGUCAGCAAGUCAAGCUUGACUUACUCUGAGAAAAACGUGUACGCAUGUUCUGAAGUGUGUU